CCUGAAUGUGAUGCUGGAGAACUUUGAACUUAUAUCCUCUUUGGGUUGCUGCUGUGGAGCAAAGAAUGUGGAGGCACCAACAAAACAGAAGGUUUCUGUUAGAGUGUCACAGGCAAGGAAUCCCAAGGUAGCAUUGUCUUCCCAGAAGAGCCACCCCUGUGAGAGUUGUGGGCUCGUCUUGGGAAACAUUUUUCACGUGCUGGUGCUACAGGGAACACAACACGGACAGAUACAAUUGAGGUGUGGAGCGUGUGAAAAACGGUUUUACUUCAGUGUAAAAUUUCAUCAGCAGCAUGUGAGAGAGAAGACUCUCAUUAGAGGGGUGGACAGGAUCUCACUUGCAAACAGCUGCAAUUUCAAUGUGUCCCAGAAUCCUUUCACCUGUGAGGAGGGUGUCUGGACCGAAUCAGGACAUCUCCACCUAAAGGCUACUCAGACCAAAAACAGUCCAAAUGCUAUUUCAACACGUGGGAUGAUGUUUCAAAGGAGAGAAAAUUGUCACGCCAGAAAAGAAUGUAAGAAAGACAUUAGUUGCACCCACAUGUUUAUUCAGGAAAAGGUUGUCUAUGUUGUAAGUCGACGUUUUGUGUGCUCUGAAUGUGGGAAAUCUUUUAGAAGUAACUCUCGCCUUCAUUAUCAUCAGAGAGUUCACACAGGAGAAAAGCCUUAUCAAUGUAGUGAAUGUGGGAAGAAUUUUACCAGUAACAGCCACCUUCGUCGUCAUCAGAGCGUUCACACUGGAGAAAAGCCUUAUCAAUGUAGUGAAUGUGGGAAGAAUUUUACCACUAACAGCCACCUUCGUCGUCAUCAGAACGUUCACACUGGAGAAAAGCCUUAUAAAUGCAGUGAAUGUGGAAACUUUUUUACCCGGAGCAGUUCCCUUCGUUGUCAUCAGAGAAUUCAUACAGGAGAAAAGCCGUAUAAAUGCAGUGAAUGUGGGAAAUCUUUUGCCCGGAGCACUGCCCUUCGUUGGCAUCAGAGAGUUCAUACAGGAGAAAAGCCUUAUAAAUGCGGUGAAUGUGGAAAGUUUUUUACCCAGAGAUAUUCCCUUCGUUGGCAUCAGAGAGUUCAUACAGGAGAAAAGCCGUAUAAAUGCAGUGAAUGUGGGAAAUCUUUUGCCCAGAGCAAUACCCUUCGUUGUCAUCAGAGACUUCAUACAGGAGAAAAGCCUUAUAAAUGCAGUGAAUGUGGAAAGUGUUUUACCCAGAGAUAUUCCCUUUGUUGGCAUCAGAGAGUUCACACUGGAGAAAGGCAUAGGAAAGAUGUGUAGGAAAUGUAGUUUCUUAGUUCGGACUUAACAAUAGUACAAGAAAAUUUGUAAAUCCUCAUUUUUCUGAAUUGUAUCUCAUACAUUUAAUCACCUAUAUUAUGUAAAGUUCCCAUAAGUGUUUUUGGUGUUGUGUUUGUGUGUUUUUAUGUUGGAACACUAUGUAAUUAUGUUGCACUUUCUAACAUACAGAGACAUGUUGCCAGACCUAUGUCACUGCAUAUUUCUGUUGCUGCAGGUAUUUCACCUGAAUCACCUAUAAGGACCCUACAGAUGGCAUCAAUCAGCAUCCUCAUGUGCCCAGGGAAGCUAACUCUGUUGUCUUAUUUGUUGAAGAAAAUGAGGAGUAC